AUGAACUACCUCAGCAGCAUCGGCAUUGUCUUCCUGAACAAGUGGGCCUACAUUCAAGGCUUUCCCUCCAUCACCCUCACGCUCAUCCACUUUGUCGUGACCUGGCUCGGCCUCAAGAUUUGUGCUGGCCUCCACGUCUUCGAGCCCAAGCACGUCAACAUCACCAGCGUAUUGCCCCUUGCUCUCGCAUUCUGUGGCUUUGUAGUGUUUACCAAUCUCUCCCUUACCUACAACAGCGUCGGCUUUUACCAGUUGGCCAAAACCUUGACGACGCCAGUCAUCGUCACCAUUCAGUUUUUCUAUUAUGGCGCCUCCUUCACCUCGCGCGUCCUUUUUUCCCUGGUCAUGGUCAUCUCCGGCGUGGCCAUGGUCACACAUGCCGAUAUGACGGUCAACUUUUGGGGGCUCGUAUUUGCUAGUGCGGGCGUUCUGGUCACCUCUCUCUACCAAAUUAUAUGUGUCUUUGGUUUCCUCCUGACCGUGGCCGCCCGGCACCGACUUGACCUGCUGCAGUGGGUCAAAACCAAACAAAGCGACUUGGAAAUGACCGCAUUCCAGCUGCUCUACUACCAGGCGCCUCUCUCAGCCGGCAUCCUGGCCAUCGUGCUACCCUUCCUGGAAAACCCUUUCGCCGAGGACGGCAUUUUCAACCGCGAAUGGCCAGCCGAGGCUUUGCUCGCAGCCGGAUCAUCAGCCGUGAUGGCGUUUGCCGUCAACCUGUCCAUUUUCCUGGUCAUUGGCAAGACUUCCCCCAUCACAUACAACGUGCUGGGUCACUUCAAGCUGUGUACGGUGAUUGUCGGCGGCUUUGUCUUCUUUAAUGACCCCAUCAAUGGGCAGCAGGCGCUGGGCAUCAUGCUCGCUCUCGCCGGUGUUGUGCUGUACACGCACUUUAAGACAGAGGAAGCCAAGCAGGCCCCGGCAUCCUUGCCCGUGCGUGGCAACAAAUUAUGA